UAUCUGUGUGUGUCGAAGAGAAACACGUGUGUGUCAGCUAACUAUUAAAGUAACGUUUUACAUUGUUAUAUUAGAAUCUUCCCAUAUUCUCUGAAUAUGGGAUUAAUGACUCGGAUAUAUAAUAACAACUUUGUGAGGUGGAAUUAUUAAAGACCUGACUCCAUAACAAGCGAACUCCAAGCCACGACUAAAUGACAGGAUGACCGAUGCAUUCAGCAGCAACUCUGAUGCGGUCCUCCAGCGUGGAGUGGACGUGACGUCAGGGAGUGAUGCUCCCUUAGAAAACGUAGAGGAGCAGUACCAGAUUAAAAGAACCUGCGACUUCAUUAAUAACAAUGGUUUCAAAAAGGUUGCACUACAGUUCCCAGAUGAAGUGCUGGUGCAUUCUGUUCCCAUUGCCACAGAGAUCGAGAAAAGUACGUCAGCCAAGCUGUUCGUACUGGGAGACACAUCCUAUGGCAGCUGCUGUGUGGACGAGGUGGCGGCGGAGCACGUGGGGGCCGACUGCAUCGUGCACUACGGCCGGGCCUGCCUCAGCCCCACCACGCGCCUGCCGCUCAUCUAUGUUUUCGAGCGGCGGCCCCUGGACCUUGAGAAGUGUGCCGCUGCCUUCAGGGAGCUGUACCCCGACACGCAGAGCCACGUGGUCGUGCUGUACGACGUCAACUACGCUCACGCCAUCGACGACCUCCAGGCGCUCCUCACGCCCUCCUACCCCAACAUGGUCGUCUCCACGCUCGUCCUCGACCACUGCCACGGUCACAGCGAGCCGCCGCCGGCGGGGCCAGGGGACCCCGGGGUGGUCCGCGAGUUCGGCCGGCGCUGCGUCCUGAAGGCGGGCCUGGGCGUGCGGGACUACAGCGUUUUCUUCGUGGGCCCCGAGGGCGCGGUGCUGCGCAACUUCAUGAUGACCUGGAACCGCGUCCGCUUCUCGGCCUUCCAGCCCGCCACCUCGGCCAGCCGCGCCGAGUCGCCCGCCGUCAACCGCGCGCUGAUGAAGCGCUACUACGCCAUCGAGCGGGCCAAGGACGCGGGCGUGGUGGGCAUCCUGGUGGGCACCCUGGGCGUGGCCGACUACCUGGCCAUCAUCACGCAGCUGAAGGAGACCGUCCGCCGGGCGGGCAAGAAGAGCUACAUGUUCGCCAUGGGCAAGCUCAACGUGGCCAAGCUGGCCAACUUCCAGGAGAUCGACGUGUUCGUGCUGAUCGCCUGCCCCGAGAACUCGCUGCUGGAGCACGGCGACUUCUACAAGCCCGUGGUCACGCCCUUCGAGAUGGAGGUGGCCUGCAACCGCGGCCGCGAGUGGUCCGAGGACUACGUCACCGACUUCCGCAACCUCCUGCCAGGUGGGCAGAACCACGUGGCGCUGGGCAGUGAGCAGGAGGCGGGAGAGGAGACGGACGUGUCCCUGAUCACUGGGGCGCUGCGGAAGCACGGCCUGUGGUCUGAAGAGGCAGCGGUGCCCUCUGACGACCCCUCCUCCCUGGUCCUGAGGAACCAGAACCUCACCGUGGCCCAAACCCACACAGCAGCGUCCUACCUGGCGGGCCGCAGCUGGCAGGGCCUGGAGAGGAAGCUGGGAGAGACGGCGGUGACCAAGGCCGUGGAGGGCCGGAGGGGCAUCGCCAUCGCCUACGAGGGCGAAGGGAAGUCCUCGUGAUGACUCGCCCCGGUCAGAUCCACCACAGGCCUUAUUUAACCACCGCUGGUUCACCUCCAUGCAACAAGCCGCUCACACAUGAUUGGACCGUUGUUUUAUGCACAUGUUUUAUUCAUAUUGUAAAUGAUGGUAGCACAAUGUGAUGGCUAUCUACACUGGGGAGUCUGUGCCCAGUCCCGCCCACAAUUGACUGUUCUAUCAAACACUUACAAAGCUGUUUCAGGACCACUUAUUCAAAUAAAUCCCUGUAGACCGAGCAAAGAAGCCAUAGUUUAUUGUUUAACACAUGCGUGUUGUUUCAAUACAACGGCUGUGCUUGUGACCAUGGUAUAAAUUGAGAAAUAAGUUAAUGCAAAUAAUAUGCCAGACAGCUCCCCGACAGAGCCCUGUUUGAGCAGAUAAGCUUCGAGGACAUGGAGUACAAAUUCCAUAGAAAAUAUAUAAAUGGGUUCACUCAGUUGAGUCAUGUUAAAGGUAUAUGUAUUGCAAACAAUUAGUCAUUUAUUUAUUUGUCCAAAGUAACUCAAAAUAAGUGCAUUCAGGCAUGUAUAUACAACCCAAAUGUUGCAAGAAUCAUGUGAGUACAUAAAAUGUAUCAAAUAGGCGAAUUGCUUCCAGUGCUACAAUCACUUUCCAAACGGUGAGCACGCAGCAACGACACAGCAACUGGUUAUAAGGCAUCCACCGGAGCUUCCACAUAGGCUGCAGGGAAUAUACCAGUACUUCCUUUACACUCCCCUUCAAACCAGUCCCGGUUCACUAAAGAAAUGGAACAAUUAAUAGUGAUUAAAACGUCACUCCUUUUUUAUCCAGGAUGAACAAAGUUUUUCCCAUGGCGGCGAGUUUGUAUGCGCUACCUUUAGUGAGGAGUAGGAUGCUGUCCCCCUGGUUAAAGCUGAGGUCCUCUGGAUUCUGGGACUCGUAGGAGUAUAGCGCCACAACAUGAAUCGGCACCCCUGGGCUCUCUUUCACUGGCUAGCAACACAAAACGGGAACGGUUAGUUCACACCUCGUCAACCCUUCAGGCCCGGCAACCCUGAGUCCCCCUAAAACAGGAGCUAGUGAGGAGCGAUGCUCAGCCUGAUGAAGGCGCCUCCCACCUCCUCUUUGGGGAUACACCACAGAGUGAUGCGCCCACAGUUGGCACUGCUCCAGACCCCCUGCAUGUCUGUGCUGGCGUCCAUUACCGUCAGUCCAGCCGCUGGGGACGUGCAACUGCAGUACACAAAAAGGAUCACGCGAUUUGAAUGUUUGUGUUAAAUGGAUACAGGCUCAUUUCCAAACGGAGAGCAUUGUUGCAUACAUCAGUUUGUGAUUAUAUUUAUUCUCAUCACUGCUGCAUAUUUCAUUUCGAAUGUUUGUACCCUGUAAGUGAUUUGGCUACAGGCAAUACAAGUCUGGAUCCUAUGAAUAUAUUUAGUAUUUAUAAUCAAAUACACAUUUUCUUAAACUGAUGACAAACUGAUAAUUUUACUUUAAACAUGUUUUGAAAUUCUCUCUGUAAAGUUGUGGAAACAGCCAUUUCAGCAAUUCUGACGUCAAUCACCUCAAGGUGAUGUAAUACCUUAAGGUGACGUAAUACCUUAAGGUGACAUCCUCCGCUGGCAGCUUCAGUUUCUUGCUGACCCGCUCCACCAGUGCAGUGAAGGGAGAACCGUAGUCUAUAUAGAGCGCUAGGUUGAAUUUGUAAUGCACUUUCACAAGGCAUGCCGAUUCUUCACCGUCUUCCGCAGUCUAAUCAGAGAGCGAGACCCAUAUCAGUUCUGAGGCAAGCACGCAUUACUUUAUUUUCGACCUAGAGAAAAAGGUGCUGGUCAAAUGACGGGUGAAGAUGCGAUUUGAUUUGGCGUACCUCAGAGUUUUUGGUGUCUUCGUUGUUCUUACUGGGUGUCGGGACUUAAGAAGUACAGCUGGUUAACUUAAGAGUAUUAACAUUAGGAAACUAUCCAGUCCAACAAACCGUGUUGUUGUGUUUUGCAUGUUUAAAGUAUACCUUGUUCAGUUUCCGGUCGAGUGGGUGCCUUUCGCCUUGGAAGGUCUGCUAAAUAAAUGAUUUGGGAGUUGCCAUCCUACACAGAGACAAAUUAAUUGAUAUGCACUUAAAAAAACUUGAAAUGAAUAGCUACACCUGGCAUGGCAGCGCAGAGACUGUAACAUUGUGCACAAUUAAAAUAAAAACAUGCGCAAACUGCA